AUGGAAUCAAUAUUAAUGGUAAAGGAUCUUUUAAGAAAAGGGGAUUUCUUGGUGAAGAUCGACCUCAAGGAUGCUUACCUAACAGUACCUAUAGGGGAAGCCCACCAGAAGUUUCUCCGCUUCAGGUGGAAAGACGCUCUCCUAGAGUUCAGCUGCCUUCCCUUCGGACUAGCGAGUGCCCCAAGGGUCCUCCCAAGGAACAAGGUCAGGAAAAUACGGUCUACCAGCCAGUCUCUGUUAGAAAACCCGAAUACCACGGUAAGGAAAUUGUCAAAAUACCUGGGCCUCCUGUCCUCUUCCAUUCAAGUCGUAUUUCCAGCCCCUCUCCACUACCGUUACCUCCAGCGGGGAAAAAAUGCAUCCCUGAAGGCACAACACACUUACGAAGCCCCAGUUUACCCAGUUUAUCAGGCCUUACAGGAGGUAAUGUGGUGGAGAGACAAUCUUAUUGCCUGGAAUGGAGGGGCUGUGUUAUAG